AUGGCGGACAUACUCAGAGACAAGGUAGCCAUCGUUACCGGCUCCGGCCGGGGCGUGGGCCGCGGUGUAGCCAAGCUCAUGGCCCAGGAGGGUGCCCAGGUAGUGGUGGUUGACCCGGGCGUCAAUGUUGACGGCAGCGGAUCAGACCAGUCCAUCGCCGAGCAGGUGGUGGCGGAAAUACUGCAGGAAGGCGGUCAAGCCGUGGCCUGCCUGGAGUCGGUGGCGACCAUGGAUGGUGGCGAGAAGAUUGUCCAGACUGCCAUCGACAGUUUUGGCAAGCUGGACAUUGUCGUAACCUGCGCCGGCAUCCUCCGCGACCGGAUGAUUUUCAACAUGACCGAGCAGGAGUGGGACGACGUUAUCGCCGUGCACUUGAAGGGCACCUUCAGCGUGGUCAAGAAUGCCUGCAUUCUCUUCCGCCAGCAGCGUUACGGCCGGAUAAUCACCUUCAGCUCCCAGUCCGGGCUUCAGGGCAAUUCCGGCCAGGCCAACUACGGCGCCGCCAAGUCGGGCAUCGCCGGGUUCACCAAGGUCGUGGCCCGUGACAUGGGCCGCUACGGCGUAACCGCCAAUUCCAUUGCGCCCAGGGCUACCACCCGCAUGAUAGGCGCCAUCCCUGAUAGCGCUGCGGAAAUUCGCGCCCGUGGCGGAGUCCAGACCCUGGACCAGGGCAAUGAACCGGAGACAAUGGAUCCGGACGACAUCGCCCCCUUCGUCUGCUAUCUGGCCAGCGACUAUGCGGCCACGAUAAACGGGCAAACCUUCCUGGUCUAUUCCAGCGAGAUAUCCCUGAUGUCGCAGCCCCGUCCGGAACGGUCUAUUUACAAUGACGGUCACUGGUCUAUGGAGGACAUUGCCCCUCAGGCCAGGAAUCAACUGACCCGGGGCAUCUACAAUCCGGCCCCUCCCCGGGCGUAG